GUGCAGGCUUAUAAUUUAUUCAAUGAUCAAAUCGGAGCCUCCAACUCACCCUCUCAUGUAUGUCCCAUUUGCUUAUAAAGUCUCUACUCCCAAGCCUGCUUCUGUGCUGUACUAGAUUCGCGCACUUUGAUCAUUGCAAGCUUGCUGCCAGCCUAGAGGGCUCGGUUUUUUGCGGGGAUUGCUCUGUUUCCUGCCAAAUUCCUUCGUUCCAGGCAGUCGCCGGAUCCUAUCCGCCCUUUUUUCAUGGAUUCCAAGCAGCAUGCGCUCCGGCCGAUCGCCACCAAGAAAGACGGCAGCUACGGCGGCAAGGUGGCCGCGGCCAUGGAGCGGUCGAGCUUGGCGAACGCGUCGUUUCGGGUGUACUACAGCCUGCGCGCCGGCGCCGUGCCGUUCCUGUGGGAGUCCGCGCCCGGCACGCCCAAGAGCGGCGCCGGCGCCACGGCUUCCGUCUCGCCCGCCGAGACGGCAGCCAGCGCCGCUGAACUGCUGCCGCGGAUAGCGCCACCGCCGUCGCACCAGUCGUCCCAGCUGAAGGGCAGGAGGUGCCGGGUGAGGUCGUCGUGGCCGGCGGCGAGAGGCGUCCUGAGGGCGCUGCUCGGCGUGCUAGGCAUCAGGAGGAGGUCGCACCGGCGUCCCACCUCGUAUCUUUGAGCUGAUGCUGCAUCGUUUUCCCGCGCUUAGUGCACGGGGAGAUCGAUUCUGUGUGCUCACACAAACAUUAUACGCGCUUCACUUUCACAGUAUAAAGACAUGGAAAUUAAGGAGACUGAUUAGCUAUGUGGUUAAAUUUUUGCGUUGUUUCUUCUUGUUUAUUAGGAUUAACUUUGUCAUGGCCGCUCUGUGACUUCGUGUUCGUCAGUAGCUGAGUUGCAUUUAGAGCUGCUCCAGUGCGUGGAUAGAGCGGCUCCAAAUGUUAGAUAUGGUUGAAGUUGGGGCAGUACUAAAAUCAAAUAAAAAACAUCAUUUGGUUCGUGACAAGUUAGUGCG